AUGCCUCGCUCAAGCACAGUUGCCGCCAGAUGUGCAGCGCUAAACACAUCAAUAGCUCAGGCAAGCACCUCUGUCAUUCCGGUUAUCAGCAGCUUUGCGAGACAGGUUCGCGAAGCCAGGACUGACCUCAACGCUAUAAACAAUGAUCUACAAAUCAUUAGAACUGGUCUCGGUGUUGCGCAAGAUGACUUCUCGACUUUCGGUUCCAAGCUACCAACCGCGCUUGUCGACGCAUUCACACAAGUCCUAGACUCUAGUGAUGACACGAGCGAGCGUUUGCACAAGACCUUUCUGAAGUUGUCAUGCAGCACCUGCCCAAAGGAAGAUUGGCAGACACUCAAAGAGAGCGCUCUCGCUAUCCUAUGUCAGGACCUUGAAGCUUCAAGGAUCGUGCUUGACCUCGCUGUUGACUAUCUUUCAUUAUUUGGUCGUACUGACACAACUGACUUGCUCGACUCACUCAUGGAAAGCUAUGUCAGUGGGCUCACAGAGUCGACCAACGAACUCUUGAAACGUACUGAUAUGGAAGAGAUCCAUGUCAACCAACUCGCCAGGGAAAGGCUCAAGUCGUUACUUCAGGCAGUCCGUCUACUUCGAUUAUGCAUCACAGCUCUGGUCAAAGAGGGAGCUUCGCCAAUAUCACGGGCUUCUGACCUCGAAAAAAAGACAACAACACCAAGACCUGAUUCCCUGGAACCCGUGCUGGGCGAAUUACGCCGCAGUGGCAUUGACAGUGGGAGGAACGGUCCCUUGCAACAAUCGGUAGCAACCAAGUCCUCGUCCAAGCCUUCAGACAAAGGCAUUGGGGCUUGGCUUGCAGAUGUCCCUUGCCACCAAGACGCUCAGCCGUUGACGCACUCGUUGAUCAUCAGAGUCACAAAUGACAGGUCACAUUUCAGAGCGACAUCCCAUGGCUCACAUGGCAAACUGGCCGCCUCCAGUGGUACGUUCUACACCGAAGACGGUCUAUCAUCAAGCCGCACUCUGGUCGCACCUGAGUCAAGAGAGUCACGAAUCAGGAAAUCACACAGCUGGUGCUCAGAAACAUCUACUCGGCUUGACGUGAAGAUGAAGGCAAGAGCGAAGACGAGACUGGCUGAAGAGUACUCACCUACGACUUUGUCAAGCUCAGACGUUUCCAUUUUCCACAAAAGAAUCACAUCAGACAAGAUCGCUGUAGCGAAGGGCAACAGGAAAUAUCUUGAUAUUGACUCACGUAUCGGUGUAGAUCGGAUUCUUGCAAACAUACCCUCGGGUGCAACCUCCGCCGAGGUCGAGCGCGUUCUCUGGGAGGGCGCAAACCCCAUGGUCACCCACCCUGAAUUUGGCUACUUCUUCAUCCGCGCCGCACAUGACAUGUCCUCCGAUAUCUUGCGCGUUCUGAUAGAGUAUGGCGCCGACAUCACCCGCACAUCGUCCACACAUUUCUACUCUGCGAUGCACGCCGCAGUUCUUGGUGGGCAGCUAGAGAUUGUGAAGAGCCUCACAUCCCUUGGUCAUUCGAUCGACGCCACCAAUAAUCUAGGUGAAACGCCACUCCACCUUGCUGCACGCAUGCGCGGCCCCACUACACGUGAGAUCGCGAAGUUCCUUGCAGACAAAGGGGCCGAUAUCAACCAUGAGGCGAACGAUGGGCAUACGCCACUGAAGAUGGCGCUCACAGCAAAGCACUUGACAGGUAUCGAAAGAAGUUUGAUGAUCGAGUUAUUGUUGAGCUAUGGUGCAGAGGGCGAAUUGAACCAAGGCCUGGAGGGGCGCAGGAGCAACUCCAAGGGACUGAAGAUCAUGGGCAUCACUUGA